AUGUCUACUUACCCUACUCAUUACACAACCCUUACUCAUAAUGGCAUUAGCCAAGAUUUUCCCCAAAAGUGUGACUGUGGUCUCUACACCGGAGCGAGUGCUCGCCGUCACCUCGUCCAUGAUUGGGAAGAGAAACUGCACCACAUGCGUAGGAAAAAGAACCGAAAGAACGAUCCCGAGUACGACGAGCUCCGUGGAAUAAGUCUGAACUUUUCACAAAGAAUUGCCUUGGAGAAGAUUAAGUACGAGAAACUUGGAGUCAAAUUUUCCAGCAUCAACUCCCCACCGGGCCCCCAUGACUCCAGUAUCUCCAAGUCCACUGUCUUCAAGCCUGGAAGAAGAGUAAGGGCCAUCAUUGAGGAUAUGAAGAUGUGCAGCCAAUUUCGCCAGAACGAAAAAAUGGACUGGGAAUUGACUAUUACCCACCCCAUCCCCAUGGUCACUCCUCCCUCCAGUCCCAAAUCUUCAUCGAACGACACUAAGUCCACCAAAAUAUGGGAUCGAGUCACUAUUACCCCUCGAGUCUGGGGACCACUAUUCCCUCUUGAUUACAAAAACGAAUGGGAUUUGAUUGGAUACGGGCCUAGAGACCAGCAAGCUCUCGACAAGGCGACCUUGAGCAAGGAAAACCGUUAUGGCGAUACUCGUGCCAUUGCCACCUCCUUCAGCUUGAUCGAUCAGGAAAUUUGA